ACCGUCCCAGGGAAAUCCUCAAUUCCUCAUCCCAUUUGGCUGUCACUCUCUCAUAGGCACGAGGAGGUACCGGUGGUGGAGAUGGGAGAAGGAGCGGUGGCGCUACCCAAACUAGAGGUCGAGGGGUUCGUCUUCCCUCCGGUCGUCCGUCCCCCGGGUUCCUCCAAGACUCUCUUCCUCGGCGGGGCAGGUGUGAGGGGUUUGGAGAUCGGGGGCCGGUUCAUUACGUUCACGGCCAUCGGCGUCUAUCUCGAGGACGAGGCGAUCCGGUCGCUCUCGGGCAAGUGGAGAGGGAAGACCGCCGAUGAGCUCGCCGCCUCGGUCGAUUUCUUCCGCGAUAUCGUCGCCGGUUCCUUCGAGAAGUUCACCAGAGUGACCAUGGUCCUGCCGCUGACCGGCCAGCAGUACUCGGAGAAGGUGUCCGAGAACUGCGUCGCCGCAUGGAAGGCUGCCGGUAUCUACACCGAAGCCGAAGGCAUGGCUAUCGAGAAGUUCAAAGAGGCCUUCAAGGCCGAGACCUACGGUCCUGGCUCCUCCAUCCUCUUCACUCACUCCCCUUCCGGCGCUCUCACUAUUGCAUCGUCGGAGGAUGGGUCGAUGCCUGAAGCUGGGCGUGUGGUUAUAGAGAACAAGGCUCUGUGCGGUGCAAUUCUGGAGUCCAUAAUAGGAGAGCAUGGGGUCUCCCCUGCAGCAAAGAGGAGUUUGGCGGUGCGACUGUCGGAGCUCUUGAAGGAAUCCCAGGAUGGAGAGGAGAAGGUGGGGAAUCCGGUGCCUGUGAGAGCAUGAUUCCGAUAUAACAUGGUAAGAGGUGGUUGUCGUUGUUGUAUCAGUGUGAAAUACUGUGGGCUGCCACAGUGAAAUCGUUCUGGUGUUUCCGUUUUCCCAUGCCCCAGGAGGCUGCCAUCUUGUCACGGUGAAAUCGUUCUAGUGUUUCGUUUUUCCCGUGCCCCAGGAGGGGUGCCAUCUUGUUUCUUCCAUAGAACUCCUAUCUUGGUAUAAACAGCAGUUUAUCUAAUAAUAAGGCCUUUUGAAAUGC